AAGCUCUUUUUAAAAGCACUUAUAAGCUUAGCCAAUCACUCUCUCAAUUACUUGGCGGGCUUUAAUGGUGCUUAUUACUUGGUAGUUGGGCUCUGCUUUUAAUUUUAGGAAGUUAUCCAAAAAAAAAAAAAAUUAAAAAACUGGAUUUCGAUUUGAUUUCCAGAACCAUUCACAAAUUCAUAUAAUCAAGUAGUAGUUAUGGAAUCUCCAUUCAAAGCCGAUGCAUUGAAAGGGAAAGUAGCUCUGCUCACUGGUGGCGGGUCGGGUAUCGGAUUCGAGAUUUCGACCCAAUUCGGCAACCAUGGCGCCUCCAUUGCUAUCAUGGGCCGCCGGAAGAAUGUCCUCGACGACGCCGUUUCAUCCCUCCGAUCCCUCGGCAUCCCCGCUGUCGGUUUUGAAGGGGAUGUUCGUAAAAAAGAAGAUGCACAGAGAGUUGUCGAAGCAACAGUGAAGCAUUUCGGAAAGCUCGACAUUCUUGUCAACGGUGCUGCUGGCAAUUUUCUUGUUUCGGCUGAGGAUCUUUCUCCUAAUGGUUUUAAGACAGUGAUGGAUAUUGAUUCGGUUGGCACAUUCACUAUGUGUCACGAAGCUCUUCCGUACCUUAAAAAAGGUGGGCCCGGCAGAACCUCGUCUAGUGGGGGGUUUAUACUAAAUAUAAGUGCAACUCUGCAUUACACAGCAUCAUGGUACCAAAUCCAUGUAUCUGCAGCCAAGGCAGCUGUUGAUGCUACGACAAGAAAUUUAGCACUGGAAUGGGGUACGGAUUACGAUAUUAGGGUAAACGGGAUUGCACCGGGUCCCAUUGGAGACACACCUGGCAUGAGUAAACUUGUGCCCGAAGAAAUAAAUAACAAUGUGAGAGAAGAUAUGCCUCUCUAUAAACUGGGAACUAGGUGGGAUAUUGCAAUGGCUGCUGUCUACCUUGCCUCGGAUGCUGGUAAAUACGUAAACGGGAGUAUUCUGCCUGUGGAUGGGGGACUUUGGCUGAGCAAACCUCGUCAUCUGCCAAAAGAUGCCGUUAAAAGAUUCUCUCGAUCUGUAGAGAAUAGAUCGAGGGCAAAACCAGACGGAGUUCCUACCAGCAAGCUCUAGUAGCAGCCUAAUGUGAUUGUAUGGUAGUAUUAAUGUGAUGCAGCUGAGAAAUAAAUCUCAGAAAAUAAAUUUAGAUUUUUUAAAACAAAAUAAACUAAAUGUUCAUAUAUUCAGUCAAAUUUGUAAUAUUUUAAGUUGGAAAUUCAUGAAAUUCAGAUUUAAUUUAUGAACUUAUUAAUACUUUGAAAUUUGAUUCGAGAUUGAUUGUUAAAA